GUCGUUCGGAAAUUGUAACAUUCCACACUCCUAACCAUAUUUUGAAAAUAUGGGGAAAAGGAAAAUCACGUUCGAUCGCAGUGCCGUUUUAAGACAAGGUGGUUUUGGCGCCGUUUAUAAAGGGGAAUUUGAUGGCCGUCCAGUCGCAGUUGUUCGUCUCAACAAAUCCAAUGGAAACGAAGAACAAUCGAUGCUCAAGUUGGAUCAUCCGAAUAUCGUCAAACUUUUUCGUGGUGAAAUUGACGACGAAUUUAGGAAAGGAUUUUUUUUCAUGCCAAAAAGAACAACGUAUAGAUAACGCAGUUUGUUUCUUUCUUACGUUCUUACAGAUGCUAUGCAAUAGAAUUGUGCGACGCUUCUUUGGAUCAGCUGUUUCUGAAGUCGGAUGAUGUAAAAAAAUACAAUGGACGUAUGCCACAUCAUAUCGAUGGUUUGCUGCAAUUGGCUUCUGGUCUGGAAUACAUCCAUUCAAAGAAUUUAGUUCAUGGAAACAUCAAACCAGAAAAUGUCCUGAUUAUGGAGGGAUCUGCUGGCCAAGAUGAGAUAACCCUCAAAUGGACAAAUUUUGGAUUGAUCAGAAAUGUCAGUGAUACAAGGCAAACAAGUCCUAUCGGAAGAAAUAAGGUAUGGUUAGCUCCCGAGUUGCUUCAAUUGAUAAAGCAUAUAGGAAACGUAGAUGAAACCAGUUAUCCAGAAAGCGUCGAAAGCGACAUAUUUGCUCUGGGACUUGUUUUCGGUAGUCUAUUCUUGAACGGCGAACAUCUCUACGGUUCCACCGAAAAUGAAAUUGCCGACAACAUUGUUAAUGGAAAUCCCAUCAACAUCCAAAAAACAGAUGGCACAUUGCGUGACUGUUACGAGAUUGACUUAUUUGGAAAAAUGUUGAAAAACGACCCGAAUGAAAGAAUGAAAUCGAAAGAAGUUCUCGUUCAAUUGCAAACGAUCAAGGAUAAGCUCACUGGGAAGGAAAAAGAAUUGCUUGAAUUGUGUGGUCGUGAUUCGCGAUUCGAUCUAACGGGAAAAAUAAAAGAAUUAAUUCAGUUUGGAAUUAACUCGAACACAAAGGACAAAGACGGAAGGAAUGCGCUCCAUCUUUUAUGUCGUUACUAUUCAAACCCAAAAUUAACCGACGCAAUUCAACUUGUAAUCGGAAGCGGAAUCGACGUGAAUGCAAGGGACAACGAUGGAAUGAAUGCCAUUCAUUAUUUGUGUCGAUACCAUUCAAGCCAAAACUUUAAUCGACGCAAUUCAAAUCUUUAAAGAAUCCGGAAUCGACGCGAAGGCAAAAAGCAACGAUGGAUCAAAUGCGCUCCAUUAUUUAUGUCGAUACAAUUCAACCCCAAAUCUACUCGACGCAGUUGGUAUUUUGAUUAAAUUCGGAAUGGAUGUGACGCUGCCGGACAACGCUGGAUGGAAUGCGUUAUACUAUUGGCAAAAUAAAGAUAAGAAAGAGAUGAAAAUUUGGUUCGACCGUGAAAAACCAAUAGGGGAAGGUUCAUUUGGUACGGUAUUUAUAGGAAAGUUCGGAGGUCGUGAAGUGGCAGUAAAAAGAGUUGAAAUGCGUCAUGUGGACAAAAGAGAAGAAGAAGCUAUGCUAAAGUUAGAUCAUCCAAACAUCGUCAAACUUCUUCACUGUGAAACGGACAACGACUUUAUGUACUACGCAUUGGAAUUAUGUGUCGCUUCUUUAGAUCAACUUUUCCUGGAGGAUGAUGAUCCCAAAAAAUUCAACGAACGUAUGCCACGUCAAAUCGAAGUUUUCAGUCAAUUAGCUGUAGGCCUGGCAUACAUCCAUUCAGAGAAAUUAAUUCAUCGAGAUAUUAAGCCGAGCAACAUCCUCAUUAUGCGGAGGCCUGGAAAAUAUAAAGAGAUAAUAUUUAAAUGGUCUGAUUUUGGAAUGGCUAAAUCCGUAAACGAAAAAGGAUAUCACUCGUGGUCUGGAGUGAAAGGAACCAGAACUUGGUACGCACCCGAAGUGCUGAAAAAACUCAUCAACGAAAAAAAGGCGGAGAACAAAGAGUUUUGGGGCACGGUCAAGAGCAAUGUGUUUGUCCUCGGCCUCGUCUUCGGUUAUAUUUUCUUAAAGGGAGAACAUCUAUUCGGUUCAAGUGAAAAAGAAAUUCACGAUAACAUAAUUGGAAAAGAUCCGGUGAAUAUGAAGAAAAUUGAUGGCGAAGUGCGCAAAUAUUAUGAGGAUGACUUACUUAACAAAAUGUUGGAAUACAAUCCGGAAAAAAGAAUUAGUUCGAAAGAAGUCGUCAAACAACUGGAAUCCAUCAAGAAUCAAUUGAAUGAAAAAGAAGAAGAAUUUCGCCAACUUUGUGUUUUUGACUCUUCGCCUGAUCUACUUGGAAGAAUGAACGACUUCAUUCGCCUUGGAAUCGAUGUGAAUGCAAAGGACAAUGCUGGAAGGAAUGCGCUCCAUAAUUUGUGUAAAUCAAAUUCAAGCCCAAAUUUAAUUGACGCCAUUCAACUCUUAAUCCAACUGGGAAUUGAUGUGAAUGCAAAGGACAAAUGGGGAAUGAAUGCGCUCCAUUAUUUGUGUAAAUCAAAUUCAAGCCCAAAUUUAAUUGACGCCAUUCAACUCUUAAUCCCACUGGGAAUUGAUGUGAAUGCAAAGGACAAAUUGGGACAGAAUGCGCUCCAUUAUUUGUGUGAAUCAAAUUCAAGCCCAAAUUUAAUUGACGCCAUUCAACUCUUAAUCCAACUGGGAAUUGAUGUGAAUGCAAAGGACAAAGAUGGAUGGAAUGCGCUCCAUCAUUUGUGUAAAUCAAAUUCAAGCCCAAAUUUAAUUGACGCCAUUCAACUCUUAAUCCAACUGGGAAUUGAUGUGAAUGCAAAGGACGAUGAGGAAAGGAAUGCGCUCCAUUAUUUGUGUAAAUCAAAUUCAAGCCCAAAUUUAAUUGACGCCAUUCAACUCUUAAUCCAACUGGGAAUUGAUGUGAAUGCAAAGGACAAUUUGGGAAUGAAUGCGCUUCAUUAUUUGUGUGAAUCAAAUUCAAGCCCAAAUUUAAUUGACGCCAUUCAACUCUUAAUCCCACUGGGAAUUGAUGUGAAUGCAAAGGACGAUAAUGGAAAGAAUGCGCUCCAUUAUUUGUGUAAAUCAAAUUCAAGCCCAAAUUUAAUUGACGCCAUUCAACUCUUAAUCCAACUGGGAAUUGAUGUGAAUGCAAAGGACGAUAAUGGACAGAAUGCGCUCCAUUAUUUGUGUGAAUCAAAUUCAAGCCCAAAUUUAAUUGACGCCAUUCAACUCUUAAUCCAACUGGGAAUUGAUGUGAAUGCAAAGGACGAUGAUCAGAAUGCUCCAUUAUUUGUGUGA